AAGACGAGGACGUUCCUUUUGCGCUUGAGCCUCUUGAACUCGUACAGCUUCCUCCAUGUCCGAACUUCCUCAGCUCCUCCUCGCCUCACUCAAUCCAGCCACCAGAAAGCAGGCUGAACAAAGUCUCGACGCGUUCAGCGCUCAGCAGGGAUUUCUUUCCCAUCUUCUCCGCCUAGUUCUCGACCAGUCGCAAGAACGCGCCGUCAGGUUAUCGGGGAGCGUAUAUCUCAAGAACAUCGCGAAAUUGAAGUGGGAGGAAGAUGUUCAGCCACUUGCAGAGCAGGACAAAACUGUCUUGAGGUCCGAGUUGGUGCCAGCCAUGCUCGCCCUGUCUAACCCAACAGACAAAGCAAUACGCGCCCAAGUUGCCGAAUCCGUAUCGCUCAUAGCAGAACUGGAUUUUCCGGGAAAAUGGCCAGAUCUCAUUGAUCAACUGGUGUCAUCAUUAUCUGCGACGGAUUAUAACGUAAAUGUUGGCGUUUUACAAACAGCGCAUUCGAUCUUCAACCAGUGGCGCGCCCAUGUCCGCUCCGAUCAACUCUUCACCGAGAUAAACUUUGUAUUUUCAAAAUUCAUGGAUCCAUUCCUCCAGCUAUUCCGGCAGACUGCAACCCUCCUUCUCUCAAAUCCCAGCCCGAAUCCAGCUUUGACAACUCCCACUUCCAACUACAUGACAUUAGCACAAAGCAUGGUGCUGCUCAUUGAGAUCUUCCACGACUUCACCUGUCAAGAUCUGCCGCCAGCCAUAGAAGAUACCCAUGCUGAAUUCUUUGGAACAACACAAGGCUGGUUCCACAAUUUUAUGCCUUGGAAUCCACAAGAGCUCAGGGGAGACUCAGACGACCCUACUCCGUCGCUUCCUUCGCAGAUAAAAACCAGAAUCCUAGAGAUUGCAGAGCUCUUCCUCAAACUCUACCCUGAACAACUUCAACAAUCCGGAGCCGUGCAGACUUUGGUGCAAGACGUGUGGAGUUUAGUGGGAUCGAAUCAGCUACCAAACAUAAGCGAUGACCAGCUGGUUUCUCAAGCGCUCCGGUUCAUCUCAACUGCUAUACGAUCGGGUCACUACCAGUCUCUUUUCUCCUCGCCGAACAUUGUUUCCUCCCUAGUGGAAGGAGUAGUUGUUCCCAACACUUCUCUUCGCGAGCACGAUGUUGAACAAUUUGAGGAUGACCCUCUGGAGUACAUCCGUCUUGACCUCUCGCUUUCCUCUGCUGGAACCGAUCUUGCCACGAGGCGUCAUUCAGCGGCCGAUGUGCUGCAAGCCCUGGUAUCCAGCGGGUACGAGACGGCCACCACUGAAAUUGUCGGAAAAUGGAUAGAGACAGGUCUGAAACAGUAUGAAGCUAACAAGACUGAAAAUUGGAGAGCCAAGGAUAGCGCUAUCUAUCUACUAACGGCUGUUGCAACGAAGGGGUCCACGACUCAACAAGGUGUAACAUCGACGAACACACUUGUCGACGUGAUCAAGUUCUUUUCUGAACACGUUUUCCAAGACUUGGAAGCAUCUGCGGGCUCUGUCCACCCUAUUCUGCAAGUUGAUGCCAUUCGAUUCCUCUACACUUUCCGAAAUCAGUUAACGAAGCCUCAACUGAUGUCUGUAUUGCCACUUCUCAUACGCCACCUUGGGUCAGCCAACUAUGUUUGCUGUACUUACGCCGCGAUCACUAUCGACCGGAUUCUUUUCAUCAAGCAGGGUGGUCAGCUACUAUUUACUCAAACCGACAUCCAUGACUUUGCUGCUGAUCUUCUCAAUGCUCUACUGACAAAAAUCGAAUCCGCCGGAACACCUGAGAAGGUGGCGGAAAAUGACCACUUAAUGAAAUGUGUUAUGCGGGUAAUAUUCACAGCUCGUGAUGGUCUGACACCUGGAUAUGAACAGACGCUUGCUCGUCUUGUUGCCAUUUUGGGGGUCAUCUCUAAGAACCCUAGCAACCCUAAAUUUGACCAGUACAUCUUUGAAAGCAUAUCCGGAUUGAUCAGGUUUAUAGCUCCGGCAACUCCGACCAACUUAACAACUUUUGAACAAGCGCUAUUUGGUCCCUUUACAAUUAUCCUGCAACAGGACAUCGACCAGUACAUUCCUUAUGUCUUCCAGCUUCUCGCUCAAAUGCUUGACAUGCAUUCAAAGGAGGUGCCCACGGAAUAUCGAAGCUUACUCCCUUUCCUGCUCAUGCCUGCUAUUUGGCAACAGAAAGGCAGUGUUCCGGGACUUGUCAAGCUGCUGAGUGCAUACCUCUCGCACGACAGUGCUCAAAUGGUUGCGAAUAGACAGAUUGCAACAGUGCUUGGUGUGAUUCAACAACGUCUGAUACCCUCGAAACAGAAUGACGGUUGGGGUUUCGAACUCUUGCGAGCAGUCGUGCGAUACGUUGAUGGGGCCAGCCUUCAACCGUUCUUCAGAGACGUUAUCAUGACAAUACUCAAGCGAAUGCAAGCGACCAAAACGGACAAGUUUAUCUACCUCUUCGCCCAAUUCCUACUUUUCUCCUUCGCGAUCGAAGUUCCGGGCGGUUUAAACUGUGACUUCAUCAUCAGCACCAUUGAGAGCAUUCAGGCCAACUUGUGGUCACAGAUCCUCAUCAACUUCAUUCUUCCGGAGGCCUCUAGAAUUCCUAUCAAGGACCGAAAAGUCGCUGUAGUUGGACUUACUCGCUUGCUUACGGGCACGCAGUAUAUGUUGGUUGAACCAAGCAUUCGGACGUGGUCCCCGCUAUUCACUGUCUUGGUCAAGCAAUUCAACGAGCCACAGUAUCUUGAAGGUCCGAAGGAUGAUACUGCCGUAGGUUUGACAGAGAUUGAUUAUGAGGAGGCGACGGCGGGCUACCAGGCCGCUUUUUCGCGUCUCGCUGCGUCGGAAUCGGCGCCCGAGGACCCUGUUGCAUAUGUGAAGAAUCCCAAGCAAUACCUUGCUGAGCGUCUGAUGGCUAUGGAUAGGCAGAAAAUGGGGGUGCUUGUGUCUUCUGGAGACCGGGAGGUUGUUAAGCCGUUUUUGCAGAGUAUGGGUUUAUAGAAAGGUUAGCUGUGGCAUUUAAAUGUGAAUUGGUUGAGGGGCGAAGUAAUAUCAUGUGUAUGCACCAAUCAGAGUCUAUUAACUAACCAACAGGU